AUGGUUCAGCCCAUUCUCGCUGUCUUGGCCCUGGCCACUGCGACAUCGGGCGCCUUUACGGGUAACCUCAACUACCUGUCGCCAUCGAAGCACCAUGCGUCACUUGGUGUUUCCAUCAACAAGGUUGCCAAGCGCACCUACGCCAAUUCGCACUGGGACCCGGCCAAGCUGAACUUCACGCACGGCGUGGCUUCCGGCGACCCGUACGAGGACAGCGUCAUUCUGUGGACAAGAGCUGCCCCGACAGCUGACAAUGACAAGAGCAACUUGACUGUCAGCGGCUACGUCCCUUUGUACGACCACAGCACUGAGGACUAUGUAAAGAAGAGCGACUCGCCGGUCUGCGUUGAUUGGAAAAUCAGCGCGAGCAAGAGCCUUGAUACUGUCGUUGACUCGGGUACUGCUUACACGAGCUCUGAUGUGGAUUACACUGUCAAGGUAGAGGCGAAGCGAUUGGCGCCUUUCACGGUCUAUUCCUUCGGUUUCUUCAACGCAUACGGCAACCCAGUACGGAAGGACUCGGUCGACUACGUGAUCCAUCUCGGAGACUACAUCUACGAGUACGGAAACGGCGAGUAUGGCUGGGGCAACUCGAUCGGAAGAAUCCCUCUUCCGGAUCGCCAGAUCUUCACUUUGUAUGACUACCGCAAGCGCAUUGCAACUUACAGAACCGACCUGGACUUGGUGGCUAGUCACCAGAGCUUCCCCUGGAUCCCGGUUUGGGAUGACCAUGAGGUUUCGGACAACACGUGGCGAGAUGGUGCCUCUGAGCUCAACAACACUGAGGAUUCUUUCAUUGCCGAUGGAGGUGUCUCGGUUGAUCAGCGCAAGAUGAACGCUGUUCGAGCAUACUUUGAGUGGAUGCCCAUUCGUCAGGUCGAUAUGGAUGACAACCUCCGCAUCUGGAGAGAGUUCAAUUUUGGCAACCUCUUCGACCUCGUCAUGUUGGAUACUCGCCAGUAUGACCGCGCUAUCACGGAUGUCUACACCAACACCGACUACAUCCACGCCAUCUCAAAUGAUGCCAGCCGCUCCCUCAUGGGCCCCCGCCAAGAGGCCUGGUUCUACAAAACCCUCCGCCAAAGCUCGACCCGCGGUGCGACCUGGCGCGUCAUCGGCAACCAAAUCAUCUUCAGUCGCAUGAACGAGAGCCUAGCCCUCGGCGCCGAGAACCCCAUGAACUACGACCAGUGGGACGGUUAUCAAGCAAACCGCAACCGCACCUUCCAGGUCCUGUACGAGCAGAACGUCGGCAACAACAUCUUCCUCGCCGGUGACUCGCACGCCUCGUGGGUAUCAGACCUCGUCUGGCUCGGCGAGCACGAGUACGACCCGAACACGGGCUCCGGCUCCGUCGGCGUCGAGUUUGCGGGUUCGGCUGUGAGCUCGCCGUGUCCGGCUGGGCAGAACAUUUCGCUAGCGGCGGCGAAUGCGGGAUCUGCCUGGCUUACGGCUGCGAACCGCGAGUUGCAGUGGCAAGAUCUAUUCUACAGGGGCUAUUAUGAGCUCAGCAUUGACUACGAUGCUGUGAAUGCUUCCUUCUUUGGUAUUCCCACUACGAGGAUCAAGCAAGGAUACGAAAUCUCCCUGGCCAAUUUCACUGUACUGGCUGGCGAGAACAAGCUGCAUCGUUUGAACGGUUCUGCGGCCGUUGGAGGUGUUGCUGAGAGUGGUAGCUUGAAGAAUGGUCGUGUUGUGCAGACGAACCUGACGCAUGACACUGGCAGCGGCGCGUACCUCAAGUACGACUCGCCUUGA